UUCCUCAUCAAUUUCGAUAUUCGUUUGACUUUUCAAACUAAACAAACGUCAAGCGAAUUUAGUCGAAAUGUCUUCAAGAACAAGCUGGACUAAAGUUCUAUUAAAUCUUGAAAAUGGCACGGUACUAACACGCACCCCGUUUCAUUGGUUGUUGCUCUUAAUAUUUUAUACGAUAUUUUUUUGUGGCAUAUUAGCCUUAUGGUUUCUAUGCUAUGGAAUUUUUGAGAAAUCUCUAUUACUACAACGACCUAAAUGGCUUCUAUCACAACCGGGUUUCAGUUUUGAACCAGCAACAACUUUUCGUGAAAAUUAUUUGAAAGUUGAGUAUCAUGUGGAAUCCCUAGAAGAAGUGGGCGGUUUAGUGGAUCAUAUAAAUAAAGCUCUUGGAAAGUAUGGGAAUAUACCAAAAGAACAUUAUGGUGAAUGUCAAAAUCAUAAUUAUUAUGGAUAUGGAAUAUCCAAACCUUGUAUUUUUCUUAAGAUAAAUCGAAUAAUUGGAUUCAAAACUUUAGCGCUUGAGAGUAUAAACGAUUUGCCUCAAGAUGCUCCGCAAGAAAUGCUGGAAUAUUUGGAAAGUUUAUCUGAGCUGAAACUCAAGCAACAUAUAUGGAUUUCUUGCGAUGCCAGACCUUCAGUUAAGUUUUUGUAUUUUCCUAGGCGUUUUUAUGAAAUAUCGGAUGUGGAUUAUGUUUCUGCAGUAAACUAUUCCAAUGGUUUUUAUAAUGAAAGUGAUUUUAAACGAAUUAUUGCCGUACAAAUCGAUAAUAUUUCCUUAAAUGUUAAACAUCAUAUACGCUGUUUUCUCUGGGCUAAAAAUAUUGUUCGAGAUUUAAAAGGUAAAACGGGUAAGGGUUUAGUGCGUUUCAGUUUGGAAAUUAAACGUUAAACUGAAUAAUGCAAAUUUGUAGUUUUUUUAUGAAUGGAACUUUUAUUAUGAAGGAAAACUUAAUAUAAUGAAUUAAUAAAAUUUCAAAACAAUGAAAGA